AUGCACCUGCCUGCCGCUGAGCUGCUGCUUAAGCAGUUCCUAAAGGCUAGCGAUGAUAUCAUCUCCAAGAUUUCCCCUCAGGAGAACUUCCUACAUUUGUUAAAUGAUCCCAGGUUUGCCCGAGCACUGGGUAGCCUGCGGCUGCUGGUGCAGCACCAUCUAUCCCUCCUCCUGAAGCAUCUGGAGGGUUGGCGCGCAUCCACACACAAUGGCCUGAUGCGGCUGCCGGACAAGACGGACCGUGACCGUGUGGUCGUGACCAGCAAGCGGGCCGCAAUGGAGGUGAUCUAUUUUGAAGCAGCUUUGCAGCUGCUGGACCUGUACACGGACGACUUCCUGGAAAACAAAGAGUUUAUUGCUUACUACGACAUGCUGCAAAAGAAUGUCUUCCGCGUGCUGCUGAUCGCGGAGGACGUGUUCCCUUUUGAUUACUCUAAGGUGGUGGUGGCGGAGGCGGCCCGUGUGGUGGGGGCUAUCAGCCGUAAGAUAGCGCUCAGUCACGUGGUGGAGCCCUUCGUAGCUGCGCUUACGGACCGCAUCAAUCCCAAGAAGGACCCCAGUGGAGCCAAAACCAACUAUGACGCUUUGAGAGCUCAGAUUGUUCGUUUGUCCAGUGGCAUGCGCCACGUGUCACUGUCUUUUAGUAGCCAGGAGGCGGUACAGGAAGCCGUGAGCUUCCUUGUGCGAGUACACCCGCUCAACCACACGGCGCCUAUUAAGAAGAGCCAGAUCCACCACGCCCUGGCGGACAUGCUGACCUCCAUACUGCUGCCGCUGGUGCGCUCAGACGCGCCUCAGAAGGCAGCUGCCCUGCUGGGGCCCUCCGCGCUAGAGCAGUGGUAUCAGACCGUCAUGUCCAUACGAGCAGAUAUCGUUGGAUGGAUGAACAAGCACCAGAAGCACGUCAACGACGGCUACCCGUUAGCCACCACACUCUUAUGUCUUGCCAGUGAUAAGGACUACUCGGCACAUGUGGACACCGCCGCGGAUUUCUUACACAAGGGGCUCAAGGUGAAGGAGAACCGCGCCGUGUGCGUGCGGUGCCUGGUGGUCCUGGCUUGCUCGUACCUGGUCCGCUACGGGGCCCACAUUAUCAAACACGAGCUACACAAGUGGCUGGAUCGGGUCCUCAAGCCGGUUACACAGCUGGCCAAAAAGGGCGGCCUUACCAUCUCGGAGCAACUGGAAGUGAUUGCACCCAUCGCGGAGUUGUCCCCGGAGUUCGCGCUGCAGUACCUCAUUUUGGAGCUGCUCAACUCGGAUGUGAACGAUUGCGCAUUGGCAGGGUUAAGGGCUGUACAGGCGCUGAUCUUAACUGCGCCUGCGGUGGCUGCCGCUGCCGCUGCGGGAAGCGGUCACCACCGCUCUGCAUCAAGCUUGGCUCAAGGGGGCCCGGGUGCGGCUUCCGCCAGCGGUUACGGCUCCGCGCAUUACAACGGCAACGGCAGCAGCGGCGGCGCCCUCCCCUCCUCCAGCAGCACCUCGGGGUUACAGGCCAUCCCGGGAGCAAGCGCAUGCAGACGGCACACUUUGCCCAAUCCCUUCCUGGGUGCUGUUCCUAUUUUACGCUGUGCCAUGGCGUAUCGGUUGACUAUCGGAUGUAAUCCGGCUGCACAGGCUCUGCUACGACGGGCACCCACGCCGUCCGCCGGGGGUCUUCUGUACAGCAGCCCCUCUUUGGCUGCCGGCGGUCUGGUGUCGUCCGCCAGCGUCGGUAGCGGCCUCGCUGGCGGAGGCGGAGGCAGCGGACCAGGCGGCGGCAGCAGCGGCAGCAGCGGCGUGGUGCCGGCCGCCGCUUUCGCCGCUGUCAACGACAUGCUGCGCCGAGGACUGCACCCCCUGGAGGUGCUGGGGGUAUCACAUUUAUUGACCAGAAUCAGCGCAGCCCUGGCCAAGCUGCUCACCAGCUUGCAUGCCAUGUAUGGUUCCAAUCUCCUUUACGGCCCCGGGGAUCCCAAUUGGAAGGAAAAGGCGGCAGGCUUUCCCGUGUUGCUGACCCUCAUACGGCUGCUGCCGUAUUUGAAGCCAGACGUGUGGGCAAACAGCAGGCCACUGGAUGUGCUGCCCAGCUACACCUGCCACGCGGAGGCCUCCCUCCGUGUAGUGGCGGAGGAGGUGCUGUUGUCGGUGGUGCGCGGCUGUCCCCACCUGCGGAACACCGUCAUCUGCUCCUUCGCGGCAUUCACGGCCGCUCUGCCGGACGAUGCUGUGCAGUGUGUACGGGACUCCCAGCGGCUGCUCAGAGACCUUAUGGAGCUCUGGAUUGCCCUGCUGGCGGAACGGGCGGGGGGGGACGCGGUGGAGGUGGUCAGCGGCGGCACCUCAGUCAGUAGUGGCGGCCCCAUCAGCGGGCGGGAGGCGCUGGCAGUGGAUGUGCACCGGCUGGAGGGCUACUCGCUGGUGUGUAUGGCUAGCCACGAUGAGGCGAUUCGGAGGGAGGCGAUGCAGUCUCUUCACCUCAUCCGGGCUCUGCAUCAAGCCACACUCUCCGCCGAGCCGUAUGAGCUGCCACCCUGCCAGCUCAAGCCCGGGCUUGGAGGUGCGAUGGUGACUCGGAACCACAGCAGCGGCGGCCUGACAGUCACAGGGCCGAGCGGUGCGACGUCAUCCAACUUCACUGGUGUCGUGAGCCGGCCUGUUCAUGGGCCAAGCGCCAGCAGGGAAAGUCUUGACAUAUACGGCGGGGUCAUGGACCUGGGCCCAGGCACGCCCGGACCGGCCAAGAGCAACACCGCACAAGGGCUACCUGACGCUCUCGAAGCCGAUCCGCCCACCUACCUUGUGGAGUUGGUUGAGGAAUCGGGACCUGCGCUUCUACGGGAGACGUACUGGGACUUCGGGGACUUCUCGGACAUGUGGAGGCUGUACAAGCCGGUGCCGGAAAACGUCACGUUUGAGGAAGUGCUCGCCGCCCCUGGCCGCCCUUCGGAUGAACUCUCUCGCGUGCGCUUGGCCCGGGCGCUGCUCGCGUUGAUGGCCCUGGCGGUGCGGCUGGUUCCCGCCAGUGCGGCGGUGGCUGCGGUAGAGCUGGUAGCGAGGCUAGGCCGCAUGCUGGGUCGUGGAGGGGAUAACCGCCUGGUCCUGUUGGCCGAGUAUCUGGAACCCGGCCGGCGUGACGCGUGGCGCAAUUGUAGCGCCAUGAUUUGCGCGUGUCCGCACACGCUGAGGGAGCGCACGCAGGAGAAGCUGGCCCGCCGCCUGCCAAGCCUGACCAGUCGCGACAUUAUCCGGAUGCAUUUGGCGCUGCUCACAGCCUGCGCCAGCUCCUCGUCUUCAUCGGCACAGGCAGUGCCGCCCAGUUUGCAAUUGUGCAGCAUGAUGUCGUUGGGCCAUCUCUCCUCGGACAUGUACGGGAUCCUGAUGGAGGAGAUGCAGCCGUAUAUUGACGACUACCUGGGCGGACGCGGGGCAGGGAGCGGCAAGAGCAAGAGCAAGAUGCGUGACGAGCUGCGGCGAUGCAUGGCGCACGUGUUUCGGAUUCUGUCCGAGCAGGUGCCCCUUGAGGUGCUGAACUCCAACCCGCAGCUUCGGAGCCGGGUGCUGGAGUUUAUACGGGAAUCAUACACAGUAUUGCGCAACAUCCAGCUCGGCGCGGAUACUUUUUGGGAGGCGGUCCAGGUGGCAUACUGCCUGACCGCCGUGGUGCGCAACAUCGCGGUAUCGCUGAGGCCGCUUCUGUCGCAGGCGCUGCACGGGGGCCCGAUAACCGCCGCCCAGCAGCUGCAGCGUGACUCGCAGGGGCGAGCACCGGACGCGGCGAUGGCCGCCACGGCUGCUGCGAGUGGUGGUGGUGCGUCGUUGCGCAAGCUGCUGUGGGAGUUAAUCCUGUUCUGGUGCGAGGAGGCUUACAUCCUGCUCAAGGACCUCAAGGCGGUGGUUGGGGCCGUGGCUCCCGGCAGCGACGUCACCGCUGCUCUACGGACGUGUCCUGAAAGCAACUACACCAGGGCCAUCAACCUUGGUAUCGGUGCGGUGCUGCACAAGUUAAAGGACUCCCCGGAGGGCCUUCGUGAGGAGCUCCACCUGGCAUCACAUUACGUCAAUCACUCGGCCAGGCUAGCGCUGGCGGCACUGCUGGAGGGGCCUGUAUUUGACAACGACACUCGUCGACCCACGGGUCCCGUGUUCACCUGGAUUGAUAAGCUCCUUGCGGUGCCCAGGGAGGGGCCGGGGCCGGUGACUGGUCCUCCUCGGCGAACGGUGGGCUUUAAGGCCCUGCGAGCUCUCCUGACCCACAACCCUGACUUGUUCGAGGCCUGCUUGGACAAGUGCUACGACUCCAACUGCUCCCUGGCCAGUGGAUACUUCCAGGUUAUGUGUGAGGUGUACGGCACGCAACCGGUGCGGUGCGAGCCGCACAUCGUGUUGGCGCUGGUGCUGGUUAAAAUAGUGGACCCCGCACAGGAGGUCCGCGAAGACGCGCUGCACAUGCUGAAUGUCCUGAGUCAGCGAGAGUGGCAGUCGGGCGCCUCGGCGGCGGCCCAGGGCCUAGGGCUGGGGCUGGGCCUGGGGGCUGAUCCGGGCAGCUCACAGGCGGCUGCCGGGGCUUCACCCUCCUCCCGGAACGGUGCUCCCGGCUCUCCGAACGGGGCGGAUGCUGAGGUGGGUGCAGCCGCUGUCAGUAGCAGCAGUGGCGUCGGCGUCAGUGACGACGGGGCGGUGCUGGUGAUCGGCUCGCUGCAGGACUCGUAUAAUCAGUUCCAGUACGAGCUGUCGGGCAGCCUGGCAAGGGAGCACCCCGAGCUGAGUGAGGCCCUGUGUGAGGAGAUGAUGACCCGGCAGCUAGAGUGCAAUGACGGCCUCAUACAGCACCCGGUGCUCACCAGCCUGGCGCCAUGGAUGGAGAACCUCAUCAUUUCCUUCCCGUGGAGGGGAAACUGGAGUGAGCGGCUGCUCAAGAGCAUGUACUAUGUGACCCUGCGCCACGGCACCCAGUUUCCCAGUGAGAUCCAGAGGCUGUGGACCCAGCUGGCCAAGCGGACGCGAAACAUCAACCCCAUACUGGACUUUUUGCUGCACCUCGGCAUGGCGACUGCACUGCAGACCGAGCAGACUUCACAACAGACCGAACACAACCUUAUGAUGGACUUCUUCAGUGUCGCCAAGCGCAUCGUGCUGUACCUGGCCCGAGUCAGCCCCACGGAAACCAUUGGCUACCUGGCGAUAGAGCUGGCCAAGCAGCAGAUGGAGGAGGGGGACGCGAUGGUGGAAGGGGCUUACCUCACUGCCGACGGCGCCGGGACAGCGGCCACCUCGGCGGCGGCGCCCGCUGGUGUCGGGGCUUCCCGCGGAACUGCCGCUAGCGGCGCCAAGGUCGCUGCUAGUGGGGCGCCUGUGGCGUUUCCGCAUGUGCUGGUAUUUGGCGGACCACUGGACUGCGUGGUGGCUGGAGAGGAACGAACAAUGUACACCUCGUACGAAUCUGUACCGACAGUAUCUUCCACAUCCCAAGGGGGCGCCGCCAGUACCAGCGGCCUGGGGUUGAGUAGCCACCUGGAACCUGCUUCGUCUGCGACCGGUGCCGGAGGGGGCAGCUACCGGAAUCAAAGCCUGGACCAAGGGCCACGGCCCCUCAGCGGUCGCUCCGAAGCCAGCGGCAGCAGCCGCAGCGACGCCAAUGGCCUUGGCGGCGGCGGCGGUGGCAUGGGAUCGUUGGCGGACAGCAGUACGGCACCUGGGCGGGGGCUACUAGGCGGCCUGGGAUUUGGCGGCUCGGACCACAGACUUCGACCCGCGGAUGACAGCCGCAGUGCCGGCGGCCUCCUUGGCAACAAGGCGCUGCUGUCCAGGGCCGAGCUUGUUCUCUGCUGCUUGGCUGAGGUGGUGUACGAGCACGAGGUGGACCCCCAGCACCUUCCCCUGCUGCUGCAUGUGGCCCUCACGUGUGCGGACCACGGGGAGGCAGUGGUGUCCACCCACUGCCAGCAACUCAUUGUAAACCUGCUGUACAGUCGCUCCGCGCAGAUGAUUGACCUCAGCCCCGACCUCGCCACCACGCCCCGUGCCGUCUCCACUGCCGGGUACGCCGGAGCCGCCACCAACGGCGGCGCCGCAGCUACCACCGACGCCGCCCCGCCUUCCUUCGCCGCCGCGUCUCCCGACGCCGUCGCAGCCGCCGCCAGCCUCGACGGCAACUUGCUGCCCAGCGCCGCUGCGCUAGGCGGCCUCACGGUGGCGGUGACGGAGGCACUGUCGUACGAGCCGUCCUUGGCCGUGGAGUGGGGUACGCGGGCUUUGGACUGGGCGCAGCAUGCGCGCAGUCGCCAUGCGGCGUGUCGCUCCUGGCAGGUGCUGCGGGCGCUACGGCCCCCGCUGAAGGCCGACCUGGCGGCGGCGCUGGUCCUGAGCCUGGAGGCCUGUUUUCAGAGCGGCCUCAUGGCGGGGUGUGAGGUGGCAGUGGAGAUCAUCACUACCACCCGGCUGCUGGUGGAGUCUCUGCCUCCCGGCCGCCUGGUGCUGUACCCGCAGAUCUGGUGGGCCGCUCUAGCACUGCUCCACUCUCCCCAUGUGGCCGUGUACCGGGCGGCACUGGGGCUGCUGGGCGCGUGUGUGGGGUCGGGGGCUGGGGGUGUACUGCGGUUGUGGGCGAGUAAGGUCCAGGCGGUGCUGCUGGCGGCGGCCCCCGGGCUGAGUGCGGCUCAGCUGCUGGCGGCCAGCCAUGCGGCCACCACCCAGGACAGCGGGGAGGAUGCGGAUGGUGGUGAUGGUGGUGGAACUGACGUGUGUGUGUUUGCAGACCCCUGGGUCCUGGGCUACCACGUGCUCAAUGUGCGGGAGGCCUCACCGCAGUCCACCUCGCCACACGGGAGCAUUGCCGUACAGCAGCUGCUCCUCCGCGGCCUCACUCACCCCCUCACAGUUGCUCCGACUCUGCACCUGCUGGCCGCCUUCGGUGAGGCGCUGGCACAGCAGGCGCAGGUGCUGCUCGCGCGGACCGGUCCCUCAGCGCUGCAUCAAACCCAGUCCGGCCACCAGCAGGCGGCCUAUCACCACAACCACCACAACCAUCACAACCACCAGCACCCCCAGCACCAGCACUACCAGCACUACCAGCCGUUGCAGCAGCCCCACCUGUUGAUGGGGGGUUCCUCGGCGAGCAGCUCGGCGGGCGGCGGUGCGGAGGGGCCUGGGUAUGCGGACCAUCUGGGACUGCAGCUGCAGCUACCCCGUCUGACUUCCGGACUCGACGGCGACGCCAUGGACGAUUCUCUGCUGGACGGCGCCGGCGGCGCCACCCGUACUGGCAGCGGCGUCGGCGUUGGCCUUAGCCGCGGUGCCAUCGUAGUACCCCACAGCGACUCGCUGCGCAAGCACCGGGCCCUCAAACUGGACUCCUUCCAAACCCUCCUAGGCUCUUGUCGUAGCCAGCUCUUCGUGUCUCUCAUGGGCCUCCUGCCCCUCAUGUUGUCCUUGCACGGCAAUGCCGGUGGCAGCGGCAUCGUCGCCUCCGCCGCGGGAGGUGGCGGCUCCGCUGCCUCCUCGUCCGAGGACUUCCCUCAGCUGCAGCCACAGCAGCAUAGUCGCGCUGCGCGCUGUGUUGCGGCAGCGGCAGCGGCGGCAGCCUCUCAGGGGGUGGCAGGCGGCGCUGGCGUUAACGGCGGUGUUGGUGUUGGCGGCGCGGAUGCGGUUGAACUGGCGGAGGCAAUCCAGAGGGCGGUAGCAGCGCUGGGCCGCGCAGCGGUGGUGCUGGGUAUGGGUCCGGAGCUGGGAGCGCAUCUCCAGGUGCUCAGCUCUCAGCAGCUGUCUUUCGAGCCGGAGCUGCUGGAGUCCACCGUCAUCCAGCUGCUGACCCUCCUUAGCCGGGCCCUCUUCCCCCGCUACACCUCCUGGGUCCUCCACCACCUGACCGACCUGCUGGUGGGGGGAACAGCGGCCACGUGGGCCUCAGCAGCGGCGGGGUCCAGUGCAACCACAUCCAGCGCCACAAGCUUCGCCGCGGCAGCGGCUGCCGCAGCCGCCGCCUCUGGAGGCUGUAUGCCUCCAGGCCCGCGGCAGGACCUCCGACUGGGUCCGGCGGCUGCUCUGCUGGUGGCCGAUGGGGCUCUGCUGCAACCCGUAGUGGCGCUGACGACAGGCCCCAUGGGAGCGCUGGCGACGGAGACACUGGCAGCGGCGCUGCAGUACAGUCAGGAUGAGCGGUUCCAACGGGAUCUCCAGGAAGCAGCGGCGCGGGCAUCGCAGUACGAACAGCAGCAGCUGUCGCAGCCACAGCCGCAGCCCGCAGCGCCACGGACGCUCUUCCCGCCGGUGACGCCGGUAGGGGAGCGUGUAGCUGGAGCUGGAGCCAGCGGGAGCGGCGGUGGAGCACAGGCUGAGCCGCCAGCCGACACAAGUGGGCGGUGGCGGGCUGAGUACGUGCGUCUGCGACUGGCACUCAGCGAGCUGGAACGAACGGAUGGGGAGGAUCGGGGACCAUGCACCCUGGGGAUCUGCGUAUUAUUCUCAGGGUCGGAUUCACUAACGAUGUGGCAGCGCCCAGCCCUCAUCCGCUCAGCUCGGGGCCAGGUGGCUAGCCUGGAGGCAGCACAGACCAUUAACCGCGAGGUGUGGCUGCCAGAGUCAGACGAGCUCAAGAGUGGCUUCAGGAUGCUUGUGUGUGCUGAGGAGAAGAAGCUCUGCACCAAAAUCGAGGCUGCUGGUAUGGAUUACUACAGCUUGGAAUGGGUGAUGGAACACCUUCAUGGGCGGAAGAAGGAGCAGCAGCAAGCGAUUCGCGAUAAGCGUGCCACCAAGCAGCACCUCGACCGGCUAUGGGAGCAGCUGCGAGUUUGGUGUACGCAGCGUGCCAGCGUGCUGCCAUUCGGGCGCCACUACAGAAGCGGGCCACGGAGGAGUCUAUGCUUCUCUUGA